UGAACGUGCUCGUGGUCGCCGGUAACAUCAUGAAGGAAACUUUGCUAUCCAAUAAUGAAAAAUCCUUUGUACAAAAAGCUAUCCUGGAGUCCAUCCGUGUCGAUGGGCGAAAGAUGGACGAAUUCCGUAAGCUACGGAUAAACUUCGGAAGUGAAUGGGGUUUGGUGCAUGUUACACUAGGUCAAACGAGGGCCGUGGCACGGGUUACCUGCGAAGUGGUGCAACCGAAAGCUACCCGUCCAAACGAAGGUACCCUCUUUGUGAACGUGGAACUUGGCCCGAUGGCAGCACCACAUUUUGAUGGAGGUCGACAAUCCGAUGAAUGCGUUCAGCUGAACCGCAUUCUCGAACGUGCAUUGAAAGAUUCUGGUUGCUUGGAUUUGGAGUCACUGUGUCUGGUUGCCGAGGAAAAAGUAUGGAAUCUCCGAAUCGAUGUGAAUGUGCUCAACCACGAGGGUAACGUUAUCGACUGCUGUUCGAUUGCGGCCCUAACUGCGCUGGCACACUUUAAGCGACCCGACAUCACGGUGGACGGCGAAAAUGUUAUCGUGCACACCAUGGAAGAAAAGGAACCGAUCAAGGUUACGCUUUACCAUUACCCAAUCUGCGUUAGUUACGCGAUCUUCAACAAAGGAGCCGUUGCUAUUGCCGAUCCGACCAACUUGGAGGAGCGAGUUGCUGAAGCAAAGAUGGUUUUCGGGCUCAACUCAUAUGGGGAGUUAUGCGGGCUACAUUUGGGCGGUAUCACACUGACAAGCGCAAAUCUGCUUUUGAGAACUUCGAAGAAAGCCAGCGAACGCGCUCGAUUGGUCGUGGAAAUGAUCAAAGCCGCCAUUCUAAAGGAUGGGCAAAAUCGCGAAAACGGAGUGCCCGUUGGUUUUGCCGAAAGCAUCGAAAGAAACGAAAUCACGGUACACGCUCAGGACCGGAUAAGUGUUCGUUUAAAACGCUUCAAACUGAAGAUCGACGGAGAAGACCACACCAAUUCCGAUAACGAAGCAGAUGAGAGUGAUGGAGAGAAGAACAAUGAAAUGGAGAUAAAUGAAACCGAUACCACCGCUGCUGAGGCAAACGCCGUACAAAUGGUCGCUGAAGAACCGGAUGAACCGGAGCAGCUUGUGGAAGUCGGUGACAACGGGGCCGUUUUAGUCCCAAAUGUAGAGGGCAAUCAGUGGCUAACCGAAGAGGAGUUGCAAAAGGUUGCGAGAGCAGAGGGUAAAAAGCGUCUCAAGACCAGUAUCAAAUCUAAAAAGAAAUUAAAACGAGAAACAGCAACAUGGAGUGAGGAGCCACUAGAAAUUAGUGACGGUAGCGAUGGAGAAACUGUAGUUUUAACAUCUGCUGAUUUAUAGGACAAUAAAAAAUAAUUGUGGUAUUGUACUUUGAA